UUAAUAAAUUAAAAAGAAACAGAGGAUUUCACAUUCUGUGUUUUGUUUGAUUUUUUAGAUUAUAAUUUUGUUUUUGUUUUUGUUUUGGUUCUUCGUUUGACAAUGUCGGGAAACAAAGAAGAAGAGGAUCCUCGUAUCAACGGAAUCAAAACUAAGAUCCGUGUCGUUCCAGAUUUUCCCAAGAAAGGGAUAAUGUUUCAAGACAUAACAACAGUGUUGUUGGAUCCGAAAGCUUUCAAAGACACGAUUGAUCUGUUUGUGGAGAGGUACAGAGACAAGAACAUCUCAGUGGUUGCAGGAAUAGAGGCUCGCGGUUUCAUAUUCGGUCCACCAAUUGCGUUAGCCAUUGGAGCAAAGUUCGUUCCCCUUCGCAAACCCAAGAAACUGCCUGGUGAAACGAUAUUUGAGGAAUACGAGCUAGAGUAUGGGAAUGACAGGCUAGAGAUGCACAUAGGAGCCGUGGAGGCUGGAGACCGAGCUUUGGUUGUUGAUGAUCUAAUUGCGACUGGUGGUACUCUCUGUGCCGCCAUUAACUUGCUCGAGAGGGUUGGAGCAGAAGUGGUGGAAUGUGCAUGUGUGAUAGAGUUACCGGAAUUAAAGGGAAGGCAGAGACUCAAGGGGAAGCCAUUGUGCAUGCUUGUGGAGUACCGAUGAUAUGAUUUUUAGCUGAGUUAUUUGGAUGAUCGAACUUUAUGGGGUUAAUUAAUUUGGUUACCGGAAAAUUCGGAUUGUUGCAGUCGCAGACUUAUUAUUAUUGGGAUUAUACAGUAUUUUAAUUUAAAAUCUGGCGGAUUAGCUGGAACAAAUAAUUCUAAUU